GGCGCGGGGCCGUGCGGGCGCGGUGCGGGGCGGGCGCGGCGAUGCGCCGCCGCCGCCGCCAUCCCGGCGCAGCCCGCGGCGAGCCCUGCCUGCCUGGCCGCCCCUAGGCAGCCGAGCUGCGGGCGGAAGGACAGGGGCGGCGGCGGCGGCUUCUCCUUCCCGGCGCCCCGCAUGAGGAGAGGCGUUAAAUAGCGCCAGCGCCGCGGCGGCCGCCACUGCCCGGUCGGUGGCGGCGGGGCCGCCUGGCCGGCGGCGGAAAUAUGGCGAGCGACUCCCCGGCGCGGAGCCUGGACGAGAUAGAUCUCUCGGCGCUGCGGGAUCCUGCAGGAAUCUUUGAAUUGGUAGAGCUCGUUGGCAAUGGUACCUACGGGCAGGUCUACAAGGGUCGUCAUGUUAAAACAGGCCAGCUUGCUGCUAUUAAGGUUAUGGACGUCACCGGGGAUGAAGAGGAAGAGAUCAAACAAGAAAUUAACAUGCUGAAGAAGUAUUCUCAUCACCGAAAUAUUGCUACGUAUUAUGGUGCUUUUAUUAAAAAGAACCCACCAGGCAUGGAUGAUCAGCUCUGGCUGGUGAUGGAGUUCUGCGGCGCGGGCUCCGUCACCGACCUCAUCAAGAACACGAAGGGGAACACCUUGAAGGAGGAGUGGAUUGCCUACAUCUGCAGAGAGAUUUUGCGGGGCUUGAGUCAUCUACACCAGCACAAAGUAAUUCAUCGAGACAUCAAGGGACAGAAUGUAUUGCUGACAGAAAAUGCAGAAGUGAAACUAGUGGAUUUUGGUGUCAGUGCCCAGCUGGACAGGACUGUGGGCAGGAGGAACACCUUCAUUGGCACGCCUUACUGGAUGGCCCCCGAGGUCAUCGCCUGCGACGAAAACCCCGAUGCCACUUACGACUUCAAGAGUGACCUGUGGUCUCUGGGGAUAACAGCCAUCGAGAUGGCCGAAGGUGCUCCCCCUCUGUGUGACAUGCAUCCCAUGAGAGCCCUCUUCCUCAUCCCCCGCAACCCGGCCCCGAGGUUGAAAUCAAAGAAGUGGUCUAAAAAGUUUCAGUCCUUCAUUGAGAGCUGCCUAGUGAAGAACCACAGCCAGAGACCCACCACGGAGCAGCUGAUGAAGCACCCCUUCAUCCGGGACCAGCCCAACGAGAGGCAGGUCCGCAUCCAGCUCAAGGACCACAUCGACAGGACUAAAAAGAAGCGAGGAGAAAAAGAUGAGACAGAGUACGAGUACAGUGGAAGUGAGGAGGAGGAGGAGGAAAAUGACUCUGGUGAGCCAAGCUCCAUCCUGAACCUGCCCGGGGAGUCGACGCUGCGGCGGGAUUUCCUGCGGCUGCAGCUGGCCAACAAGGAGCGCUCGGAGGCGCUGCGGCGGCAGCAGCUGGAGCAGCAGCAGCGCGAGAACGAGGAGCACAAGCGGCAGCUGUUGGCCGAGCGGCAGAAGCGCAUCGAGGAGCAGAAGGAGCAGAGGAGAAGGCUGGAGGAGCAACAGAGGCGGGAGAAGGAGCUGCGGAAGCAGCAGGAGCGGGAGCAGCGCCGGCACUACGAGGAGCAGAUGCGGCGGGAGGAGGAGCGGCGGCGCGCGGAGCACGAGCAGGAGUACAUCAGGCGACAGUUAGAGGAGGAGCAGAGACAGUUAGAGAUCCUGCAGCAGCAGUUGUUGCAGGAGCAGGCGCUACUUCUGGAGUACAAGCGCAAGCAGCUGGAGGAGCAGCGGCAGGCGGAGAGGCUGCAGAGGCAGCUCCAGCAGGAGCGGGACUACCUGGUGUCCCUGCAGCAGCAGCAGCAGCAGCAGAGGCAGGACCAGAGGCCAGCAGAGAAGAAACCCCUGUACCAUUACAAAGAAGGGAUAAAUGCCAGUGAGAAGCCAGCGUGGGCCAAGGAGGUGGAGGAGCGCUCGCGGCUCAAUCGGCAGAGCUCGCCGGCCAUGCCCCACAAGGUGGCCAACAGGAUUUCUGACCCCAACCUGCCUCCUCGCUCCGAGUCCUUCAGCAUCAGCGGCGUGCAGCCAGCCCGGACCCCGCCCCUGCUCCGGCCCGUGGACCCGCAGAUUCCACAUCUGGUCACUGUGAAAUCCCAAGGAAGCUCCUUGUCUGGGUCUCAGUCACUGCAUGAACAGCCUGCAAAGGGACUGGCUGGGUUUCAGGAGGCUCUGACGGUGACCUCUCACCGCACUGAGAUGCCAAGGCAGAACUCGGACCCCACCUCAGAAAACCCUCCUCUGCCCCCUCGCAUUGAAAAGUUUGACCGAAGUUCUUGGUUACGGCAGGAGGAAGACAUUCCACCAAAGGUGCCUCAACGAACCACUUCCAUAUCCCCUGCCCUGGCAAGGAAGAACUCCCCGGGCAAUGGCAGCGCCCUGGGGCCACGGCUGGGCUCCCAGCCCAUCCGGGCAAGCAACCCAGACCUGAGGAGGACAGAGACCAUCGUGGAGAGCCCCUUGCAGAGGACCAGCAGUGGCAGCUCCUCCAGCUCCAGCACUCCCAGCUCCCAGCCCAGCUCCCAGGGUGGAUCCCAGCCUGGCUCCCAGGCUGGCUCCAGCGAGCGCAACCGAGUCAGAGGGAAUGCCAAGCCUGAAGGGUCCCCUGUGCUCGCCCAUGAGCCUGCCAAGGUCAAGCAGGAGGACAACAGGGACGUGACACGACCGAGCCGACCCGCUGAUCUGACGGCUUUAGCCAAAGAGUUGAGGGAGCUCCGCAUCGAGGAAACCAAUCGGCCCCUGAAGAAGGUGACAGACUAUUCCUCCUCCAGCGAGGAGUCGGAGAGCAGCGAGGAGGAGGAGGAGGAUGGGGAGAACGAGACACACGAUGGGACCGUGCCUGUCAGUGACAUCCCACGGCUCAUACCCACAGGAAUUCCUGGGAGCAACGAGCCGUACAACCUGGGAAUGGUGACAACCCACGGGCUCGAGACUUCCCACGCAGAUACGUUUAGCAAUAUUUCAAGGGAAGGGACUUUAAUGGUGAGGGAGACCUCUGGUGAAAAAAAGCGUUCUGGCCACACAGCCAGCAAUGGCUUUGCAGGUCACAUCAAUCUGCCUGACCUGGUGCAGCAAAGCCACUCGCCGGCGGGCACGCCGACCGAGGCCCUGGGGCGAGUCUCCACGCAUGCGCAGGACAUGGACUCGGUGCCUGAAUAUGGUAUGGGAAGUAGCACCAAAGCCUCUUUCACCCCCUUUGUGGACACCAGAGUGUAUCAGACCUCUCCUACUGAUGAAGAUGAAGAUGAGGAUGAAGAGUCAUCUGCUAAUCCCCUGUUCACCAGCGAGCUGCUGAGGCAGGAGCAGGCCAAGCUGAACGAGGCGCGCAAGAUCUCAGUGGUGAACGUGAACCCCACCAACAUCCGCCCGCACAGCGACACCCCGGAGAUCCGCAAAUACAAGAAGCGCUUCAACUCCGAGAUCCUCUGUGCUGCUCUCUGGGGUGUGAAUCUGCUGGUGGGCACGGAGAACGGCCUGAUGCUGCUGGACCGAAGUGGGCAGGGCAAGGUCUACAACCUCAUCAACAGGCGGCGGUUCCAGCAGAUGGAUGUCCUCGAGGGCCUCAACGUCCUCGUGACAAUAUCAGGAAAGAAGAACAAGCUGCGUGUGUACUACCUGUCCUGGCUGAGAAACAGGAUUUUACACAAUGACCCUGAGGUGGAGAAGAAGCAGGGCUGGAUCACAGUUGGGGACCUGGAGGGAUGCAUCCACUACAAAGUUGUGAAAUAUGAAAGAAUCAAGUUCUUGGUGAUUGCCUUAAAGAACGCUGUAGAGAUCUACGCUUGGGCUCCUAAACCAUAUCACAAAUUUAUGGCAUUUAAGUCUUUUGCAGAUCUCCAGCACAAGCCGUUGCUCGUGGAUCUCACUGUAGAAGAAGGUCAGAGGCUGAAAGUUAUCUUUGGAUCCCACACUGGUUUCCAUGUGAUUGAUGUAGAUUCUGGGAACUCCUAUGAUAUCUAUAUACCAUCUCAUAUUCAGGGCAAUAUUACUCCUCACGCCAUUGUCAUCCUGCCCAAGACGGACGGGAUGGAGAUGCUGGUGUGCUAUGAGGAUGAGGGUGUCUAUGUGAACACCUACGGACGGAUCACUAAAGACGUGGUGCUCCAGUGGGGAGAAAUGCCUACUUCCGUGGCCUACAUUCAUUCCAAUCAAAUAAUGGGCUGGGGAGAGAAAGCGAUUGAAAUCCGGUCAGUGGAGACAGGACAUUUGGAUGGAGUAUUUAUGCACAAGCGAGCUCAAAGGUUAAAGUUUCUAUGUGAAAGAAAUGAUAAGGUAUUUUUUGCAUCGGUGAGAUCUGGAGGAAGCAGCCAAGUGUUUUUCAUGACUCUCAACAGAAACUCCAUGAUGAACUGGUAACAGAGGAGCACUUGGCACUCACCGCCAUGGCAUUAUUUCUAAUUUAAAGGACAUUAUCACGUGGACUAACACUGUAGAGGCAGGUGGAGGGCGCCGAGGAACCCCCUCCCCACGCUCCCCCGGCGCCGCCAGCCCCGGGGCAGGGACUGCAGCCAGGGAUGGACUUUCACGCUUGGACCCCACAAGGUCUCCUGAUUACGCUGUGUUAUAGUGGGUUAUGAGUUUUCCUUUAUUUUAUUUUAUUUUAUUUUUUAGUUUUACUUUUUCUUUGUCCCCUACUUUGUAAGAACGGGGAAAGAAACAGUGUCAAAAAGUCUGUUUUUAAUUCUGUCUGCCUGCUAGCAUCAAAUAUAUAGUAUGUUGUAAAGUUACCAAUUAAAUCUGGUGAGAGACAGCACAAUAAAUGUACCUUUUAUCUUUGUGAUGAAGGCCAUAACCAUAUAGCUCGGUAAUUUUAGAAAUCUUUUGCCUUCACCAACAUUUACAUGUUGCUUUUGGCAGCAACGGCUUAACGGAUUUUUAAAGAAGAGAAAAAAUAAUAGGUUUUUUUCCCCUCUUUUGGGAAAUGGAUUUUAAAUGGCUAAACUACUAGCCUUAGACUAAUAAAAAUCAGCUACCAUUUUUGUCAAGUCUGUCAAUCCAUAUUUCUAUAUGGAUCUUCACAUAAUGGUGUGUCUUGAUAUAGGGACAGAGGUGCCAUUUCUUGUUGCUCCAGAGGUGCCCGCCUGGCCCGGGGCUUGGCCACGGGCACCGGGACAGGGGAUCGGAGGAGGAGAGGACAGAGGAGCGGUCAGAGGAGCCCCGUGCUCGCCCCUGAGGCGGAUUUGUGACCACAGAGGCUCCUGGGAUGCUGUGGGCAUGAGACCCUGCUGCUGAAGUCGGUGCAGGUUGUGGGUGUUCGUUCCCCCCAGUCCGGAGCCGGGCACUGGCGUGCAGGAGCAGUCGGCACAGGGAUGGGGACCAUGGAACAAGCUGCCUGUCCCCCAUGUUCUAGAUUGGGCUUGUAAAGAGCUUAAAAAAAUAUAUAUAUGUGUGGUUUCUUCGGCCAAGGGUCUGAAUCUACUCGUUUUCCACCCCCUCCACUCCCUAGGAAUUACCCAACAUACAGUGAAAGACAACAUCUGUGCCGAACCGUGUGUGUGUGUUUAGUUCAGGUUGAAUCGUGUCCUUAUAAACUUUGCUCAGUUGAUUUCUGUUUUCAGUGCGUAUCUGGGGUUUUCUUUCUCAGUAGCUGCAAGCAUGGCCGCCUGUGGUGUUGGGGUGUCGCAUAACAAGGUCUGUGUUGCUGGUUUUAACCUACCUCGUUUCGGUUGGGGUUUGUUUUUUGGUUUGGUUUCGUUUUAUUUUUUUUCCGUUCCGCUGUCGAUCACAGCGCUGUUACCUCCAGCGGCAUAUAGAGAGCUUAACUGGCAAUCUUGGUGUACUCAGUAACGAUGGCUUUAUUAAAAAAUGAUUAAAUCAACAGGACUUGGUCAAACUUGAAUCUUUAUCAAGGGUAAGAGGUGUUGUGGGCUGGCGGGGAUGGGAUAGGCCGGGCCACCCUCACCUGAAGCAUUCUGUGGGCAGGGUGUCAGGGUUUGGUACCGCAGGGAUUGCCAGUGGUGGGACUCCCAGGAUGUGGAGUUCAGGGAAAAACAGGUGGGAUGUGCUUUGUGGUGCCUCCUCUGAGCACCAGACACCCUCCUGUUGGGCUGGUGCAGCCUCUAGAGAGUGUAGGGAUGGCCACAGGAUCAGAUACUGGUAUUCAAAUCCUGUCACAAACACUGAUUGCCACCAGCUCUUUGUAUUUUCAUUGUGGUUAAAAUAAAAAUCAAAUAAAGCCCAGAGCUUUUAUUGUGUUGCAAACUGAUAACUGUUUUGGGGUGUUUUUUGUUCUUCUUCAAGUGACAAAUGCACAGCUUUGGAUGAUUUUUGUUACUAUGGGUUUUUGCAUACAGUGAUGAAAUAGCAGGCAGUCAUUGAGUUUAAACGACUCAGGUGGUUUGUGAAUGUAUUUUUUUACAUCUCAGAAUAAUUUGAAACAAAAAUCACAGAAGCCAAUAUUACCACAGUCUUGUCUAUGGCAUGUGUGUAUGGAGAUAACACAGAGCAAAUGCUUUUCUGGUGCCAACCACAAUAAACCACAAAACUUUACCAUUAA